GAAGUAUCUUUGUGUAUCGACCAAUGAGGAGCCAUCGCUGCAGGGCAGGGUGCACCAAAUCAAAGACAACUUACUGUAGACUUGUCAUUCUUUUUGUUCACUCACUCUUGAAAUCUGACCGACUAGACCGGUCUAACCAGAGCCCUGUUGUGACAAUGAUGAGCAGAGGGGUUGCUGAAACUAGAAGGGGGCAAUCUUGCGACCUUUCUCACAUAUUACAGUGACCUUGAAUUGUCUGGACAAUGCGGUGUAGGGAUUUUUGCCGUCUUGGUGCUUCUUCUGGUACUGCUGCUAGUUCAGUUUGUCUAGUUUCCACAUAUGGUGUAACACAGUAGAGGAGGAUGUCAUCCCCAGAGAAAGAAGAGUACCUGGUCAUUGAGAAAGGGGCCAUGGGCGAUGAGUCAUCAUCGAGGCUGGGGCAGCGUGUGGUUGGUGAACAGGUGGUUGUCAACGAGGAUGGGUCCAGGACGGUCAUAAGAACUGUGGAGGAGACCUUUGAAGAGGAGGUGGAGGAGGAGUUUCACAGUAGUGCGUCAUCUGCCACAUCUACCGACAGCUCUCCAGCUAUCAGGGCACGGGGCGGGCCCAUGCGCAUCUAUAUCAAGAAGGGCUUCCGACUCUUCGGCUCUCCUGAUAGGGGAAAGCGCAAAAUUAAACGCAAGGUCAAACGUACCAAGCUCAGAACAGAGUCGUUCACUGAAAGAUAUGAGGGUGAGGAUGCUGAUUCUGGAAUCGAAAAUGCCACCCCGGCAAAGUCUUCCAGGGUAACACGCAAAGACUCCAUCAAAGAAUUUGUAACCAAAAAGAUGGUCGAGAACCAUCCAACCGAUGAGCCGCCGCGACCCCAACAACAUCCUUCCCCCAUCAUCGGUCGGACGGGCAAGCUUUACAAACGGAAGCGAACAAGAGAGCCGUGUCCAUAUUGCGAAUACACCAGGCAGGUACUGACCAUGAUGGGCCAUGACAUGGAUGAGACUGAAAAACUGGUAUUAAACGUGGGGAAGGUCAAAAAAUGUCUGAUUCAGGAGAUGGCAAACAUCGAAGAAAGGCAAAGGAUCCUGAGAGAGCGCAUCGUUUACGAGGAGCAACAUAGGAGACAGAGGAGGCUCCAAGAACAGUACCAGAAACUUAAGAAAUUGAAGAAGAGGAAAAGAAGGCGGCACAUGAAGCCUGUCGAACAGCCGAGUCCCAAGAAAGCAGUUGCCAUAGCGAUGCGCAUCGGUCCCGAACAGACUGAAACUGAGAACAAACAGGUUGGUCUGUACAGGUUGUACAAGCCGCCAAAGCCGAUGGCAGCAAGGCCAUCUAGACUGGAGGAAGGCCAUCCGAUUCACCACGAGUUAGACGUGUCAAAGCCACACAAGCCAAAAUGCCGCUCUCACCAUCAUACCGACCUGUACCCAGAAGACGAUGGUAGGUACCACUGCCAUGGUGAUGUAAGGAUCCACAGGGGGGACAUGUAUUACACAAUUCCCUCCAAGGACCUGCUGUUCAGGAGCUACGCCCAGGAGAGGGAAGUCGAUCCGGUCACGAUAGAGAAAAUUAUGGACAAGAUCCCUCAGAUUCGAAAGCAGCAGGGUGACCACGUCAUCGUCUUGGAUGAGGACAUCCUGACUUUUGGAAACUGGGAGGAGGUCAAAAGUGAGGUCAUCAUUCCCCAUCACGUGUUACGAAUGGACGAAGCUCCCGCUAUGCCUAUGGAGAGAGAGGGUCGGGUGUCCCCGAUAACGCUCGAGAUGGGCACCUGGGAUGAAGUCCUAGACGACGUCUUCCACAUUGCCAUUGACAAGGAGCAGGUGUCAAGGCAACCGCGGUACCUACAAGGACAAAACAAGAGCGCUUGGGCAUCUGUGGAGGAAACGGAUGAGGUACCUAGGGUACGGUAUCAGGCUGCACAGAUCGAUGUUGUUGAGCAGGAGGUGUUCAAACCGCAGACAGAGGAGAUAGAGGUAGAGGAGGCAGAGUACCUAAAUGGUGUCCUCCGGUCCAUCUACACCAACCUGGAGCAGGUGAAUGGUGAGUUUCCGGGGUACUGUGACUCCUGCGCACACGCCAAGCUUCACGAUGUCAUGCAGGAGGUUUUCGAAGCCGAGAUGUCGCAGGUCGUGUUCGAAGAGCCUAAGUAUCUGGAAGGAGAAGAAGGCAAGACACAUGUCAAGUUGGAGGAGGCUAAAGAGGAACUUCCUCCCUUACCGUUCCACAUGCUGGCAUAUGGCCAAGCUGUUAUGGACAUGUAUAGACCAAAUGCCAAGAAAGUCAGGUCUGAGUCGCCGCGAUACCUACAAUCCGUGGAAGACCUGGAGUUUCUCCACGAGGAGGAUUAUGAUGAGGACAGGGACAGAAUUGAACUGGAAAGGUUGAUGGGAGAACAAGUCAAACAGGUUCUGUGGCAGCACAGCACUGGUGGGCUUCGUUCCAGCAGUCCUGAGUAUCUGAAGGCCAUAGUUUCGGAAGGCUACGUCACAGAAGAAGGUGAAGACGGACGUAUCAGCCCAACCCCCUCUCUGCAGUCUUUGGUAAUUGGUGAAACACUGAUGGAUAUUUUCCGGGCAGAAGCUGGAGCUGUUGAAACUGAAGAUCCACGUUACCAUCAAGGCAUUGUGUUGAGGGAGUAUGCUGCAGAAGAGGAAAUCGACGGCACCGUUAGACAGGAACGAUAUGACAAAGCUGCAGUGGAGUUGUUGAGACAAGAAUCUUUCAAAUCAAAGUCUGGUGUCAGGAGGUCAGAACACGCUCGUUACUUUGCGAAAGAAAAUCACUCAGAUCUUCCAGAAGAGUCCACAGGUAAAUUCUCACCCGUCUCGUUUGACAACGCUCUACUUGGACAAGUCUUUGUCGACCAAUGGAAGGCUGACUUGCAAACUAUAGAAGCAGAGACGGCGAGGUAUCACCAAGGGAUUGUCCACCACGAAAUUAUCAGUGGUGAAUCCAUUGAUGGAAAAGUCUCCCCUCCUCCAAAUCCUCAGAAUGUGGUAGUUGGACAGGCGCUGAUGGAUAUAUUCAAAGCAAAUGUAGAGGAAGUCCCUCUGGAGAGGCCGCGUUAUCAUGCCACAGAAAAUGAGCUCCAGCACGAGUCCACGGGGAAGAUUUCCCCCUUAUCUUUCGAAAAUCCUGACUUUGGAGAGGUCUUUAUGAAAAAGUGGAAAGCAAUCAUGAAGCAAGAGGAGGUAAGGGUGCCGAGGUAUCACCAUGGCAUUUUGUCUGAUGAGUACAUUGGUGAUGAAUGGAUAGACGGAAGGAUUUCACCUAGGCCAACUGCUGAAAACCUUCUCGUAGCCCAGGUAUUAAUGGAGACGUUUAAGGCAACAUCUGAGCAAGUCAGGGCAGAGAUCCCGAGAUACAUGGCUAAGGAAGAUCAAACGUCUCACGAUGAGGAAUCGACAGGCAAAGUUUCCCCCGUUUCAUUUGAGAGUGCAAUGUUGGGAGAGAUCUUUAUGGAGAGAUGGAAAACAAACAUUGAUCUUGUCAAAGCAAGCUCACCCAGAUAUCACCAUGCUGUCAUAGGAGAUGAGUACGUUGGCAGAGAAGAGGCUGAUGGGAGAUUGUCUCCUCAGCCAACAUUUAAGAAUCUUCUCUCUGCCCAGGUCCUUAUGGAAACCUUUAGGGCAACUUCAGACAAAGUAAGAACAGAGGUGCCACAACACUUUGCCAGGGAGGGGCAAACAUCGUCAGAGGACUCCACUGGUAACAUUUCACCUGUUUCAUUUGAAAAUACAACUUUUGGUGAGAUCUGUAUGGAGAAGGUCAAAGCGAUUGCAAACGAGGAGAAGGCUCAACUCCCACGAUAUCACCACGCCUUCAUCUCAGAUGAAUUUGUCGGGGAGGAAGAGAUAGACGGGCGAAUACCGCCCAGACGGCAAACUGAGAACCUGCUGGCAGCUCAAGUACUUAUGGAAACAUUCAGGGCAACGUCACAGCAUGUUAAAGCAGAGGUACCACGAUACAAUGUAAGGGAAGGUUACACAUCAGACAGAGAGGAAUCAACUGGCACAAUUUCUCCUGUCUCUUUUGAAAGUGUUGCCUUGGGUGAAGUGUUCAUGGAGAAAUGGAAAACAAACCUUGAAGAAGUGAAGGCACAAACCCCAAGGUACCACCACGGCUAUGUUAUGGAUGACUUUGUCGGCGAAGAAGGGAUAGAUGGACGAAUUUCACCCCUGCCAAAUGUUGAAAAGCUGCUGACAGCACAAGUACUGCUAGAGGCACACAAGGCCUCUUCUGAAAAAGUUAGACCGGAGGCAGCCCGCUACUUUGCCACAGAGGGUCAAACUUCAGAGGACUCUACUGGGAAAAUUUCACCUGUUUCUUUUGAAAAUGCUGACUUUGGAGAUAUCGUUAUGAAGAAGUUCAAAGCAGUUACAAAGGAGCAGAAGACUCAAGUCCCGCGGUAUCUCAGUGCCUAUGUCUCAGAUGAAUUUGUUGGGGUGGAGGAGAUAGACGGAAGAAUCUCUCCGAGGCCAACUCUUGACAAUCUGAUGACAGCCCAGGUACUGAUGGAAACCUUCAAGGCAACCUCAGAGCAAGUAAGAGAAGAGCUUCCACGAUACACCGCUACAGAGGGCCAGCUGUCACAGAGACAAGAAUCAACUGGAAGGGUGUCCCCUGUUUCGUUUGAGAGAGCUGAGUUGGGAGAGAUCUUCAUGGAACUGUGGAAAACGAACAUUGAUUUGGUAAAAGCCAGUUCACCCAGAUAUCACCAAGCCAUCUUGUCAGAUGAAUACGUUGGGGAGGAGAAAGCGGAUGGCAGGUUGUCGCCUAUACCAACCCUCCAAAAUCUCUUUGCAGCACAAACCCUGAUGGAAACAUUCAGGGCAACCUCGGACCAAGUUCGAGCGGAGGUGCCAUGUUUCUUUGCCACUGAAGGGCAAAUUUUCCGGGAUCCAGAAUCAGCUGGUAAAAUGUCUCCAGUAUCUUUUGAAAGCGUCACCUUCGAUCAUGUCUUCAUGGAGGAGUGGAAAACCAACAUCGACAGAGUAAAGGCACAAAAACCAAGAUACCACCAGGCCAUCACCUCAAACGAGUUCAUGCACAGGGAAGAAGUAGACGGUAGAAUUUCACCCCAUCCAACCUUUAAGAACCUGGUGACAGCACAGGUCCUGAUGGAGACUUUCCGCGCAGCUUCCAAAGAAGUCAGGGAAGAAGUACCAAGACAUAUUGCAUUGGAGGGUGAAGUUUCACUGAAAGAUGAGUCAACUGGGAAAGUCUCUCCUGUGUCGUUUGAAAGGGCUGCGGUAGGAGAGAUCCUCAUGCACAAGUGGAAAGCACAGCUUGAUCUUGUCAGGGGCUCCUCACCAAGGUACCUGCAUGCCAUCUUGUCUGACGAAUAUGUUGGAGAAGAAAAGGUGGAUGGUAGGCUGUCCCCAGAGCCGUCGUACGACAACCUUGUAGCAGCGCAGACACUCAUGGAAACGUUCAAGGCUACUACAAAACAUAUCAGAGCAGAGGCACCGAGGCACUAUGCCACAGAGGGGCGAACGUCGCAACCCGAGGAAUCUACCGGAAGAAUCUCACCAUUCACACUAGAAGGUGCCAUGAUGGGAGAGAUCAUGCUGCAAAAGAUGAGUGCAGACUUGUCUGUGAUCGAGUCAUGGAAACCGAGGUACCUCCAAGGUGUCGUCUACAACGAAUACAUGAGAUCUGAAGUGAUAGAUGGGAGGCUGUCACCAGGACCCUCUCCAGAGAAGCUUGUGUUGGGCGAGGCGUUCAUGGAGACGUUCAAAGCCACAGCAAAUGAAGUUAGGGAAGAAGUCCCACGACAUUGGGCUAGGGAGGGCCAUGCAUCAUUGCUGGAGGAACAAACAGGCAGAGUGUCUCCUGUAGCGUUUGAAGCUGCAUCUUUGGGGCACAUUUUCAUGGAAAAGUGGAAGGCAAACUUGGAGAAGAUUCAGACUGAAGAAGCCAGGUUCCACCAGGCAAUGGUCCAAGAGCAGCUGACGUGGGAGGAGAGGACUGAGGGGGAGAUUCCCCCAAAUCCAAACCUCCAGAAUCUAGUGCUUGGGCAAGCUCUGAUGGACACAUUCCGAGCCACUGAACAUCACGUCAAAGCACAGGCCCCACAGUACAGAGCCACCGAAAAUUAUGAAUCACUGAAAGAGGGAUCUACCGGUAGGAUAUCUCCUCUCUCAUACAAAUCUGGAGUGUUUGGGGAGAUUUUCUUGGACAAGUGGAAGGCCAGCCUGGAACAGGUGGUAGCCGAAGCUCCCAGGUUCCACCAGGCAAUUGUAAAAGAUCAGUUCAUUCCAGAACACAGAAUUGGAGGAAAUCUCUCGCGUGCUCCUUCCUUCAGGAAAGCAGAAGUGGACAGGGUGGCCAUGGACACACACAGAGCUAAUGCCAUGAGAGUCAUGGCACAGUUGCCACAGUAUCAAGCCACGGUGAAUCACACAUCUUUAGAAGAAGGUACCACAGGAAAGGUGUCUCCAGUUUCCUUCGAGAAGGUUACCUUUGGAGAGAUCCUCAUGGACAGGUGGAAGGCCAAUCUUGAACAGGUGUUGACCGAAAGCCCUCGGUACAACCAGGCCAUAAUGAAAGAUCAGUACAUCCCAGAGGAUCAAACUGAUGGACAGCUGUCACGUGCUCCGUCCCUCAGGAAGGCAGCUGUCGACAGGAUAGCAGUCGACACAUUCAGAGCAAAUGCAGAAAAAGUCAGAGCGCAAGCUGCUCAAUACCGCGCUGCUGAAAAUUACGAGUCAGUAGAGGAGGGCGCUACAGGAAAAGUGUCGCCCGUCUCCUUCGACUCUGUCAAGUAUGGAAAGAUCGUCAUGGAAAAGUCGAGGGCCAGUCUUGAGCAAAUUAAGGCACAAAAAGCCAGGUAUCACCAGGCCAUAGUAAAAAAUAAGUUCAUCCAAGAGGGUCAUGCCACAGCUACUCCACCCCUACCAAACUUCGACAGUCCCGUAUUUCAAGCUGUGAAGCAGAAUCUACAUCGGCAUGAGACAAAUUGGGAGAGGUCGGAGAAGCCACUGUACCUGCGGGUGCGGGAACAGGAGGCUAGGAUGAUUUUCGAACAAGAGGACGAACUUCCUCCCCUUACCUUCCACCAAAGUGUCCAUGGACAGGUGAUGCUGAACAUGUACCGGGCAAGCCACGAGGAGCUCGAACUAGAAAUGCCUCGCUACCACCAGCCCAUUCAGCGUCAAGUCCACGUUAAUUACGAAGAGGUGGUGGAGGAAAUACCAGUUGUCGACAUGGAGGAGGUGGAAUACGCACCAGUUGAACCGGCGUUUUUCAGGGCAGCACUGGAUAUGGUGGAGCCAGACAUGGAUUUGAUUGAAGCAGAGCUAAAGAAAGCCAAUUCCCAUCCAGAGUCGUAUGAAGAUUUGCCAGGGUUUUCCACAGAUAGGGCAAAAGCAGUGCCCCUGGAGAAAGCAGAUGUGCGCAGUGCCGACCAAAGACUCCAGAGAAGCGAGAGUCCAUCAUACCUGAAGUAUGUUCAAAACACAGCAUACGUCCAUGAAUCAGAUGCAGACGACAACAUAUCAGUUGUGGAGUUUGACAGCACUCAACCUGAGCUCAUACCAGCUGACAGGGUACAAACCAUCUACAUCAACUCUCCCCAAGUUGUCCCAGUUCCUAAGAAACCUGUUCACAAGGCUGAGGAAGUCAAAUUGGACAAAUUGAGGGAAACCAAGGACCUCAAGGUGCCAAAGGUGAAACUCAACAAAGCCAAACCAAGCGUAGCCCUUGGACAACUCAACAAGGCCAGAGCAAGUACGACCAAGAUAGAGGGACCCUUUCAACCAAUGCAGAUGCAGAAUGUAGAACCAGCAAGACAAAUGUGCUCUGCACCUCCCGUAAAUCGCGCUCCACGAUUCAAGCUCAAAGAAAAAGUCAUCGACCUCUCUCUUGAAGAAACAGAUGAAUUGCCUAAAAUCCUUAAGAGGGCAGCCAAACUUGGCCUCAUUCCAAAGCUGCCAAAGCAAGCUCUCAGCGCAGAGAAGAUCCGGAGCUUGAAGAUGGAUGUCAAGUUUGCUCAGGAGCUUCAGGAGGAACUUGCAAGUGACCAUGCAAGUGACGUGAGUGAGCUGGACCUGGAAAUGGCGGAUCUUGGCUUUAUUGACCAAACAAGGUUCAACACAGUGGAUGUCUUUGCAGCAGAGCUGCUUCAUCUAAAACUCCCCAAGUUAGAAGUAUAUGAGGAAAGAAAAGACGAAGUCAUGUUCGAAGAGGCAUUAGAUCUGUCCCCGUUAGUCAUGAAAUCUGCUGACAAGAAGCCGAUGCCUAAGGAACUGUUUCUGAAUGUUACUGCAGAGAAAGUAGUUGAAGAGGAUACAGAGGUAGCCAUAGAUUUGCCAGCAGUGCCUCAACCAGUGGACAGAGCCAUGCGAUUGACCAUUGCUGAGGAACGGAAACACAAGGCUGCAUUGACCGAAACUGGAAGAUCACACCAGUCUCUCCACAAAGCCAGACACGGAGUCAUUGAGGUCAAGGAACAUGGGUACAAAAAGGUAGCACCACUGGUGACUCAAGUGGCACACGUACGGAGCGAACCGGAUGAAGUAUUCCAACAGGCUCAAAUCAACGAAAUGGUGGAGAUUUGGGUGCAUGCAGCACCUCCGAAACUGCACAUUGGUAAAGAAGGGACGGUGGAUGUGGUGGAAUAUCACGCCAGUGAUAUUGAGCCAUUUUUACCAUCUUCCGCAAGUCAAAGCACAGAAGAGGUCAGGAUGGAGGAGGCAAAAGCUACAAGAUCUGUAGUCAUGAAUCAAGGAAGGGAAGGUGUAGAAAGUAUGAAGGAGGAAGCAGUUCCGCUCGUGCCACCAAUGCCUAAAAGACAUACCCUGAAGUCAAGCACUGUGCCCACAGAAUCCAUGCAGACUGCAGAGGCAGGGCAUGUAGAGACAGAGCUUGGUCUUCACGGUGCCAGCGAGACCAUCCUUGACAUGAUCAGCAUGGAGGUCAUGUCCGACCUAUCCCCCCUCUCAACAGAGAUGGCGCAGGGCUUCGACAUCCCUCUGGAAGUGUACCAGAAAGUCACCAAGCAGGCACAGAAGCAGAUGUUUGUGUACGUCCCCCCUCCAAAGUACGGGAAAGAAGGCAACAUCCUAACUAAAGAGGAGGAAGUGAAAACUAUUCCCAGUGUGUCAAGUGAAACUGGUAAGCAGAGCCUUGAGCCAGAGGAACAUUGGCAGCAGGUCCUCCUGCAAUGGGUGAAGACUGAGAUUCAGCCAUACUAUGCUGAGGAGAUUGUUCUUGACACAAAACAGUUGUCUUCGCAGGAAAUACCGCCCAUUGCAAGGAGUGAUUUGGCAAGUGUGGGCUCCAUACCAUCAGAAAGAAUGGAAAAAGCACAGUCUCAACAUAUCAGAACACAACUGCAUCCUCACUUUGCUGAAGAACAUGUCAUUGACGAAAGGCAAGUGUCUCCUGAAGUGAUACCGCCGGGUCCAGGAAGAGAUUCAGCACAUGUUGGCUCCAUACCUUCAGAAGCAAUGGCAACAGCACAGUCUCAACAUGUCAGCACCCAACUACAUCCGCACUUUGCUCAAGAACACAUCAUUGACGAAAAGCAAGAGGAGUAUGUCUACUUGUACACUGUUACCCCUCAACACACAAAGACGGCAGAAUCAACUGAAGUGCCUGUCCUUCGUCUUCAGAAAGUCAGAGCAGAUGAGUUCAGGUCCAUGCUGCAUCCUCAUUUUGCUGAAGAGGGUAGCAUCGAUACAAGGCAUGAAUAUGUGUACUUUAUUCCACCCGGUGCUCCUCAAGGAGCGGCAAGACUCAUCAAGGUCCCAUCAGCAAAGCUCAGUCAAGCACAAGCAGACCUGGCACAAAUACGUCAGCUUCCAAGAGAAGACACCAUGCAAACUGUAGAGGAGCACGUCCACACUAUUCCUGGAGUGCCAGCUUGGGAGACUGGUAGGCAGAGCCUGGCGGCAGAGGAGCACUGGGAAAAGGCUCUUCUGCAGUUUGUGAAGACUGAGCUGCAACCUUACUAUGCUGAGGAGAUUGUUCUGGACACAAAGCAUGAGUCUUCUUAUGAAAUACCACCCGUUGCAAGGGGCGAUUUGGCAAGCGUCGGUGCCAUACCUUCACAUUCAAUGGAAACGGCACAGUCCCAACACAUCAGGACCCAACUGCAUCCUCACUUUGCUCAAGAACAAGUGGUAGGAGAAAGGCAGUUGUCUGCUCAAGAAAUCCCACCUUUAACUAGAGGCGAUUCAGCAAAUGUUGGUUCAAUUCCUUCAGAAGCAAUGGAAACUGCACAGUCCCAGCAUUUCAGGACGCAGCUGCAUCCUCACUUUGCUCAAGAACAAGUGGUUGGCACGAGGCAGUUGUCUGCUCAAGAAAUUCCUCCCUUAACUAGAGGUGAUUCAGCAAAUGUUGGUUCGAUACCUUCAGAAGCAAUGGCAACAGCGCAGUCACAGCAUUUAAGGACUCAAUUGCAUCCGUACUUUGGCCAAGAACAAGUUAUUAAUGAAAAGCAACAGUAUGUCUACUUGUAUACCGUUGACCCCCAACACACCACAACAGCAGAAUCUUCCGAAGUGCCCGUUCUUCGUCUUCAUAAAAUCAGAGCAGAGGAGUUUCGGUCCAUGCUACAAGCUGAGGAGGGAAGCAUGGAUACGAGGCAUGAAUAUGUGUACUUUAUCCCUCCGGGUGCUCCUAAAGAGGCAGCAAGAAUCAUUCAGGUUCCUUCGGCAAAGCUCAGCCAAGCACAAAUAGACAGGGCUCAAACAGAGCUGCGCCCACACUAUGGCAGGGAGUCUAGCGUACUGGAAGAGCCAAGGGUGGGUGUGACGGAAUUUGAUGGACCGAGGACUGAUGUAGCAAGAGGGGAAGCUCUCCCUCACGAGCACUACAGAAAUGUGGUGCCUGCACCACAAACCCAGACCUGGGUUCACGUGCCCCCACCUAAAAUGAGACACGCGAUGGACAGCAGCAUACAGACCAGGGAUGAGGUCGUGUACACCAUUCCACCCAUUCCCAUGCCUGACCACAAAGUUAGGAUGGUACCGUUGGAAAGGGCACAACAGGAAAGGGCCUUGAGGCAGGUCAUUCCCACACAAACUCGCGAGAUCCGCAUGGAAAUACCCGAAGAGACAGUGCAUGGCAUGCCCACAGUGGUAAAUGAACAGUCUGCAAGACAGCAACGUGUACAAUCGGAAAGGUAUCAGAAGGUGGAACCGCCAAGAACACAGACUUGGAUCAAAGUCGAGCCGCCCAAGAUGGUAGCCGGUCAUGAGGGAUCCAUGUCGGAUGUGGUGGCUGAGGUGGUAUCAGCCGUUGCCCCUAUUCCCACGCAAGCUGCGAGCGAGGGCAUCGUACCCGCUGAAGUCAUGGAAAAGGUGCAUGCAGCACAGCUGAAAACGCAGCAAAUGCCCAGCGAAGGCUCCUUGCGCGAACAGAUUGAAAUCAUAUCGACCAUUCCACCUCUGUCUUCCAAUGCCGCAAAGGAGUCCUUAACACCAGCCGGGGUCUUCCGCCAGAUCCAUGCUCAGCAUGUGCAGAGUCACAAACUGCAUGCGGGCCAGGAGACCGUCUUCAGGGAAAACCUUGAGAUCCAAAGGGAAGUCCCGCCCCUGAUGCCAAAAACCACCAUGUGGCGUCUGCUCCCGCAGGAUAAGACGCCCAAACUGCACAGGCAGCAACAUGACUCCCAUCACGCGUAUUCAGCAACUGAAAGCCAUAUGUCAAAAUCAAGGCUCGAGUCUGUAACUGAACUACCCGACGUCAGGCCUAAAGUAGCAAGAGAGGUGCUAACCCAUGAGGAGAUCCACCAGGCUAUUAGCAGGAUGCAAAGAUCCUCCAGAUCAAGAGACCCUGCAUGUGAGAUCCAAGAGGUCGUUGCGCAGCUGGUAGAAAAUUCGGACGGAUCGGUGGCCUUCAUAGAAGGCGAAAACCUGCCGUCAAUGCCAGACUGUCCUUUCUGUGAUGUACAAGAGGGCAUGAUACAUUUCGGUCCAUCGUACGAGCUCAAAAAGCUCCAGACCACGCAGGUGUUUCAAGUGGGCGAUGGGCCGCAGCUGAGGAACAUAUAUGUACGACAAGUGCAGGAUGCACGCGGCAAGGCCCCACUCGAGCAAACAGGACGCCUUUCACCUACACAGCGACGGGUAGCGUCCACUGGAACCGUGAUUUCUGACGAGUAUCAGAGGGCAGAUAUCGAUACCCUGUACAGUAACUGGGUUCCAGCAGAGCUACAGGUCGCAGGGGAACUGGAAUCCCUGAUGCAGCAGGGGAUAAUCAGAUACAACCCCUUGCAUUCAACUGUGGAAGAGGAGGAAGGAGAUGUGUACGAUUACGGUGACGUCUUCCAGAUGAAGCAGAAAAGUGGCCGCAGGAGGGCGCAAAGAGCGGGAGCAGCUGUCGGAAAUAUUCCUAAUGUUGGGUAUCCCACCAAGCAGUGGACCUCAGCUAGGAAUAUGACAAGGGAACAGAUAGAACGAGAGGGCGACGAAAGUCUUGACAGCGAGUUGAUCAUGGAGCUGACAUCAGGAGGUCUUCAUCAGGAGAAAAUUGUCCAGAAGGACGGGUGGACGUACAUCUACAUCCCAGGUCCACCGGAGUCUCCAAUAAUGCAAAGGCCUCGUACCACCACAAAGAUCUCCUACAGGGAGGACAAGCCCCCGUUUGCCUUUGACUUCAGUAGGUUGAUGCACUGGACUAUCGGCCGGAGAAACGAGGUGGAGAAGAAAGCGAGGGUGCCAGAAGAGCCGCACUACAUCCCCUUUGACUUCUCAAGGGUUGCAACCUGGACAGUGCACGAGUAUCAGCCGGGGUCCAACACCCCCGUAGAGAAGACGUACAUCAGCGCUGCCCUGCCUGUGCAGGUUCGCAACACUUACUUCGUGAAGGGCAGUAAUGCUAGCCAAGAGGACGCAGUGCGGCAAUCACCCAGGGUAACGGUCCCCCAAGAAGUCCGGUCAGCACCCCAAGAAGUCCGGUCAGCACCCCAAGAAGUCCGGUCAGCACCCCAAGUAGCCAGGUCAGUACCGCAAGAAACUAUGGAUUGGACUCAGGCAAAGUCUGUAGCUCCUCAAGCACCCAGGAUAAUGCCUCAAGAAAUCACAGACUGGACUAAGGCAAGCAGGCCAGAGAUGACCAAGGCAAGCAGGCCUGAAAGGAAAGACUUUGACUUCAGUCGAGUGCAAGAUUGGACAGUCAUAAAGAAGGAGACAGUCGGCGGAAACUCUGCCGUCGGACCAGACGAGAUGCGAAUAUCGUACCUCGAAGACGGGAAGUUGAAGCAGAGGUAUUACCGACGACCUCAUUUGUCCAGAGGAUCAUCAGUAUUGGUCGGUGAACAUCCCCCGGAUCUUUCCGACUUUAGAUUCCUCAGAGCAGACGAGAUUCCUCUUCCAGAGCAAGAUGGAAGAGUCCAACAUACCAGUGCUAUCCUGCCAGGCGAGAUGUACCUCACCUAUGUCGAAAAUGGCGAGGUCAAAAAGCUGUACAUGUCAAAAACUGGGCAAAGCAUGCCUGGAGAAGUUGUUGAUGCCACCUCACGACAGGCAUACUUCCAGCCCGGUUCUCGACAGUCAAGUGAGGAGGACAAUGAGAGAGCUACCUCCAUCUCUGGUAUCUCUGGUGUGGGCAGGCCAGCAAUGCAGUUCCCUUCAACGCAUUACGAAAGGGAAGGCUCAGGUGCCAAGCCUCCAUCCCCUACGGAUGACCUGGACACACCAAAGACACUGGAGAUGACGUCAGGAGGAAGACACGAACCUUCCGUCAGACCAGACAUCCAAUCCAUCCCACAAGACAUCCAGUGGACCCACGCUAACGGGACCCAUGAGGUCGUGCCUUUACACUCGGAGGAUCGCAGGCCCUCCCAGGUGAUCGUGAAGUCCGGCAGCAGGCCAUCCACACCUGCGGAGUCAGUGGGCAGCAGGCGUUCCGACCGGGUCAUCCACUACAAGUACGACAACGGGCGAAGCAGCGAUGACGUUAGUUUGGUUGUUGACGGUUCCAGGCCUAGCUCACAGUCAGAUAGCAGCACAGGUGCCCCGAUUUACGCGACAUCCAGCCACGCCCGACCCAAGUCUCCAACUCCAGACAGCAUGGCACGUCAGCCUCCUCGUCCUGUCUUCCUUCCUCCUCCACCUUCAGGACCAUCUCCGUCCUCCCCUGUUGCUCCUCCACGCAGGAGACGGUCAAGUGCAAGUAGCUCCGGUAGCAAUCCAUAUUCAAACUUGCAUCCUCCCCUCAGUCCUAAGAAAACACCGCCGACUUCAAACUCUCGACCACCAGAGCCAAUGGACACGUCAGGGCCAGCAGUGAGUGGUCGUUACCAUAAUGGCCAUCCCCAACGAGACUAUUCGCAAGAUCAUGAACAACCGCUUACAUUCGCAGACCACGACAUCCGGGAGGAUGACUCAGGAAAGCCGAAAAAGGUCGGUAAACUGAAGAAGAGUCGGUUCUUUCCAUUCCUGAAGGGUGAUAAGAAAGGAAAGAAGACGAAACACGCCAAUGGAUUUGCACCUGUAGGAGUGGUGGAACCCACACAAGAAAACAGAGAAAGGCUAGAGAGAUGGGGCUAUGGUAAUACACUUGAUCGCUGAACAGUUGACUUGUACGAGAAACAGAAGGAUCUGAUGUUGUGGAGUGAAGACUGCAGGCAUUAG